CUUUUUUUCAAAGACGGCAUGCCGCCUAGAUGAAUCUUGUUGGAUGCCUGGCCGUUCGAUUUUAUUUAUUCCUCAUACCUAACUUAACCUACUUAGUAGAGAGGCGUACAUGCAUAUAGAUGAGAAGCAUUAGUAUGUGCGAGGUAAAUGGAAGUCGUACUGUUAUUUUAAAUGAGUUUAUCGCGUUUAUAAGAUGGCCGGAGAUGGACCCUCCGCUGAGGCUCACGCCGGAGAGAUAUUGUCAUGCGUAUCAUGCAGAAAUCGGAAGCUCAAGUGUGAUCGCACCAAGCCUCGCUGCAACCGCUGCGAGAAAGCUAAGCUUGAAUGUGUCUUUCCCGAAUCCCGAAGGAAACCAGCCUUCAAGCGACGGAAUGUAAGGGAACUCGAAGCUCGCCUGGCUCAAGUUGAAGUGCUUCUGAGGGAAACAAACCAGAACCGGUCGCAGGGUCAGGAGGCUGUGCAGCCGAUUAACGAUCAAGCCGCUGAGCUCUCAGAGACUGAAAAUAUUCUCUUUCAAGGCAUUGACUUCACAGAUUCUAUGCCCUCGUUGGACGAUGGCAACGCAUUCGCAUUCCAACAAGAGCCGGCAAUCACACACUCGACCGCCAAUUUGGACAACAAUCAUGGCCAAGAUAAUACCCCUUUUACGGGCGACCUCAUAGGCCUUGGUGGGAUAUUCGAAAGUUUACCCCCUUUUGAUAUGAUGGAGGACCUAAACCGAAUCUUUUUUGAGCGUCAGGGCCAUCUAAUCCCCAUAAUCCAUCCCUCACGCUACCUGCAGGCCUUUUAUUCGGCACCGCAUAUGAAACCGCCCAUGUGUCUGCAGUACGCAAUCUGGGCACUUGCUGCGCAUGGUAAUCCGAAAUAUGGAGCCUGCAGUGAUGUUUUCUAUCGCCGUGCCCGACAGUAUGCCGAGUUGGAUGAGAUGAAAGGCUACGGUGAACAUUUCAUUACUGUCGCUCAUGCCCAGGCGUGGUGUGUCAUAGCCACAUACGAGGCCAAACUGUUGCUGUUUACCCGAGCGGCCAUGAGCGGUUCCAGGGGGGUUAGGCUUGUUCAAAUGAUGGGUCUCCAUCGGCUCGACGGUAGCGCAGAAGAGAUAUGCCCAACCCUCGUACCCCCAAGAGAUUGGAUUGAGUUGGAAGAACGACGGCGGGUUUUCUGGGGAAUCUUUUGCGUCGACAGCCAUUGUUCUAUUUCAACUGGCUGGCCGUUUCUUAUCGAUUCUUCCGAGAUUACGACUCUCCUCCCUGCUCCGGAACAUGCGUUUUUGAGCGGCGAGGAAGUAGAAACAUGUAGUAUACAGGAAGCCUUGAAAGGAAAAACCUAUUCUUCCUUUUCCGGAGCUGUCCUAGUUUGUCACAUAUUCAAUCAAAUCCUCAAGCACAUUCAUCGACCCAAAUCCACAGAUAACCCUGAUAAUUACGAGUAUGGCGAAUACUGGCAACGCCAUCGUGAGCUCGACAAUACGCUCUCAAGCGCUUUUAUGUAUCUCCCUGCGUCUUUUCGGCUACCAGAUAACUACCGUGACCCGGUUGCUGUACACACGAAUCUUAACCUCCAUGCAUCAACCAUCUGCUUGCACCAUGCCGCGAUCGAGAUGAUAGAGGCUCAUAAAUUGCCGGAGAGUGCCAAGAAGAUCUGUCACGAUCGCCUGAGCACGGCUGCGCAGGAAAUUGUCAACAUCGUUAGGUUGACUAGUCAUGUGAAUUCAAGCCCCAAAAGCCCAUUAGCCGCGUUAUCGCUAUAUUGCGCAGCCUCGGUCUACGUAUACCUGUGUCAAGAAACACAGACACCCACCAAUGUUGAUAACCUUGACUUUGUCAUUGCUGCCAUGCAGGCCUUUGGAAAGAAUCACUCUAUUACACGAGCUUUCCUUCGCCAAGUAGUAAUCGAUAUCGAACGAAAUGGGAUUCAAGACAUUGUAGGGUUGGCCUCCCUCGAUAAUCUCGGACCAGAGUUCCGAACCCAAAUUACGCACAACAUACCUUUACUCGCUCGCUCUAAGAUAUCGCGCCAUUCGCAAGUCCAACCACCACUGCCGGGUCGACUGCCGCUCGGCAAGCCCAUGGGGGAAAUGAUUGUCGAGGAUAGUAUGGACUGCGAACACGGGACUUGGGUCUCGGAUGUCAACGAGAACGAAUUGUCUUUGACGGAAGCUCGGUCUUCUAACUAUAUGAACUACAUGAAGAAUAAUAAACGAAAACGCGUCGCUCCCUCACACGGUACUAGCACUCUAGAUAGCCUAUCCGAGAGUUGCGACUCGCCCUGGGUUACAAAUAUCCAAGAUCGGAUCUCGACCAAUCCCUCAACCCAUUCUUCCCCCGAAGACCCCGUGUCUGUCGGGACGUCGGCAUAUCCCACCCUCUACCCCUCGGGCCCCGGUAUGGCUUUCCAAGGGCCAGGUCAGGAUUUACCGCACCGCACCAACUCGCCCCGUACGAACGCGAGCUCCCACCUGACAGCAUCGCAAACCCAUAGCAACAGCGGGUUAUACCCGGUCAGCCGCUGGAAUCUCACGGGCAUGUACACAGAAAACAAUGGCCGACCCCUCCAAGGCGAAGCCAGCCCGUGCAAUUUGUCCGCGAACAAUGAUCACAUACCCUGGUUUAUCACGAGCGAAAACGUUAGCGUGGAUUGGGGCGGGGCCAAGUUGAAUCUAGACCCCGACGUGACGUUACCGGGAUAAGUUAAGAGGAAACGAGAACAUGACCUACUAAUUUGUUUGGCGUAUAAAGGAGAAUUGUCGUAAAAGAAGCCAUGUUGUUUAUUUUUAUUUUUAUCAAGGACGGGCUGUACGGAUCAUGUCCUAGCGCUAUGAUAUCCCUCUCAGCCUAUGUAAUGUAUCAUAUCAUAUCAUAUCAUAUCAUUUAUACCUGUACAUUAUACUAUAUAGGUAUGUACUACCGUUGGACUAUA